CCAAUCUGUACCUGUUCAGGCUGGUAUAAUCUCCAUCAUGCCCACAGCCCUAACGAAGAAUGAGUAGCCAAGAUAAUAAGUGAGGGAUUAAUCAAAUUCUGUUUUUCUACUUAAGACUACAAACCUCAGCCUCAGUCUUAACACCAAACAAAGACUAAAGUCAUAUUCCAGCAUAGAGAGGCUGAGUUAAUGGGGCCUGGACUCUGUGGAAGAGAUUCAUGGUUUCAGAGACACUCUAGAAGGAGAGAACACCUGCUCUGUGGUCCAGGUACAAUCCUAUUCUGGACCACAGAGGAGCUGAGUUUCAUGACCCUCCAUCCAAGUAAGAUUGGGUCUGGAAGUGUUCAUUGGACUAAGUCAGAACCAGAAGAUAAUGUCAAUUCUACGGAACUUUAAUUAACUUAACAAGAGUGCACGAUAAAACCAAGGCAGAAAAAAAACAACACUUCUAUCGACGAGUAUGCAAAAUAACAAACCUAGGGAAAGAGAUAACUUCAUAGGGACAGUAGGGAUGUGCCUUGUCCUUUUUAAUGCCUAUUAUAAAUAUUUCAGUGAUCCAAAGCUUCAUCCCCAAUCUACAUCAGCUAAACACCUCAUGGCAUUAACAACUUUUAGACAUCAGGUAGUAUAUGAGAAUGAAGGGACACUCAGAUUCCUCCAUAUUUUCUAUGCUGAAAAAUUAUCAUUCAUUACUCUGCCAAGACACCCUGGCGGAUUGUUUGCCGUGGACUACAACUAGUGCUUCCUGGUUUUCUCUGUACCUGCCCUAGCAAUGGUCGGGCAGAAAGGGAGCACAGUCUGAUAUUUGUGGUUAGUUGUAUGAGCCAGAGCACAACCCCGAUGAGCUACGCCGUUUGGAGGAGGAUGCGGCUGCCCCCAAAUGCAACAUGUCUCUGCACUGAAAGGAGCACAACUGAAUCUAACAGACAAACCUUCAGACAUUUAGAUUAGGUUUAGGUUAUAUUUUAACAGUGUGUUUGAAUAAAGUCUUCAGAGAUGAUACAGUACGUAAUGGCAAAACAGUCUGUUUCUAUCUCCUGUGGUGCUAAAUAUUAACAAAUUAUAAAUAGUUUAAAAUCUCUGCUGGAACUGCUGUCACAGAACAUUCUCUUCCCACAAAGAAUGGGUGCACUUUGCUUUGCCUCUGUGUCACACAUGUAACGUCUAUGUGAGGUGGCUUGAUAUAGCAGACCCACAUGCACAGCUCCCGACACAAAGAGGUAGGUAAAAGGAAGCUUAAUCACAAAAGCCGGAGUCCGUGGUACGAGCAGAGGUCGAUACACAGGUGAGCAACAGGCAGAGGUACAGGUAGUGAGCAGGCGGAGACGGCGUACGAUUAACAGGCUUGAUCACACGAUAGACAGACAGGGCUACGGUACCGUAAAACGAGGUGCAGGAACAAGGUCGAUCACAAGGCAAGGACUGGAUAACAACGCUGGAAAGUGGUGACACGCAACAAUUUGGCAAAGAUCAAAGUCUUCAAUUUUAGGAGAGGAACUAUUUCGUGAGGAGAUGUCGCCCAAAGUCACCCUGCAGCUGCUGCCAGGGCUGCGGUGCUUGUUCGAUGAGCCGGUUCAGGUGAAGGUGUCCGGGCUGAGGGCGAAGCAGACGGUCACCGUGAGAGCCAGAUCAGCUGAUGACAGAGGUGUGGUGUUCAGGUCCUGGGCCACCUACAGGGCUGACAGCAAAGGGGAGCUCGACCUGGACAGAGACCCGUCCCUCGGCGGGAGCUACGCGGGGGUCGAACCCAUGGGUCUGCUGUGGUCAAUGAAGCCCGACGCCUCACACAAAAGGUUCCAAUUAAACAAUUCACUCAACCCGCAUGUGGUGACGUUCUCUGUGCACGGCGAUGAGCAGGGCCAGGCGCUGGCAGAGGCGAUGAACGAGAGGGUCCUGAUCGGACAGGGAGUUUGUCGCCUUCCUGUCAGAGAGGGGAAGAUUCGCGGGGUCCUGUUCACGCCACCAGGUGAAGGCCCGUUUCCUGCUGUCUUGGACCUGUACAUCCUAGGAGGAGGUUUGUCAGAGAAGAGAGCGUCUCUGCUGGCCAGUCGAGGGUUCGUUGUUCUGACAGUAGUGGCGCAUGGCUAUGACGACUUGCCCAAGAACAUCAGCGAGGUUCAUCUGGAUUAUGUUGAGGAAGCAAUUCAGUUUCUAAAGAGACAGGAUAAGGUGGGCAGUAAAGGGGUUGGAGUAUUAACACUGUCAAAAACUGGAGAUAUUGCACUUUCAGCAGCCUCUUACUUGCCAGAUGUGGAGGCUGUAGUUUGGAUCAAUGGCUGCUGUGCUAAUGUAUUGUUGCCUCUGCACUAUAAAAACACCCAGUUACUCCCACCAUUAAUGGUGGACCUCAGUAAGUUUGUGUUGACAGAGUCGGGGGCUGGCAUCGGCAAGUAUGUCAUGAAGAAUCCCCAGGCGGAGGAGAACAGGUCCACCCUGAUCCCCAUCGAACGAGCCAAGGCCCGAUUCCUCUUUGUGGCUGCAGAGGACGACCUCAACUGGGACAGCAAGACGUACAUGAACAUUCUAGUGGAGAGACUGAGGCAUCAUGGGAAGAAGGACUUUGAGUGUGUGAGCUACCCUGGAGCAGGGCAUUACCUAGAACCACCCUAUGGGCCCUACUGUCCCUCUAGUUUCCAUGCUGUGGUGAGGAUGCCAGUCCUGUGGGGGGGUGAGCCCAGGUCCCACGCUGCCGCUGAAGUCCACCUGUGGAAGAAGAUCCAGGAGUUCUUCCACACUCACCUGAGCUGUGGCGCUAAACAGCAUGGAGCCAAGUUAUGAUGACAGUAGUAAAUACUCCCUGCUAAGACUUGUUUUCAUCUGCAACUACACUUAGGCUGACGCACAGAUUAAUUUAUUUUGUUUAACCAGAUUUUGUGGUCUGAUGCUGUCGUCUGCAACAGAAACCAUGUUUGGUUGAAGGCGUUAUGAGUGCACUGGAGCGAAAUGUUUAUGGUGUAUUGUAAAACAUUCCCUUUUUAUAAUUAGAUAUAAUUGUUGAAAAUAAUUGUGACAAUCUGCCCCCGGGGUCUAAAGAGUUCUUUAGGGCUAAGUUAAUUUAUUUUUCACAAGGGAUUUUUUUUUUUUUUAAAGGUUCUGCACAAUAAAGUUGAUCAAAGUACA